AUGAAGCUUCAAAUCGCUCAUUGGAAUGAUGUCUACCGUGUUGGCCCCCAGAAGCUCUCUACGAAACCGGACGAUACUAUUGACGUAACUCAAUUCGCCGCGAUGCUGGACGGCAUUCGUCGGGACUGGCCAAAAGAUGCUGGCCUCUCAUUAUUCUCUGGGGAUCUGUUUGCACCCUCGGUAGAGAGCUCUAUCACUAGGGGAAGCCAUAUGGUCCCGGUUAUCAACGAACUCGCGCCGGAUGUUUCUCUAGUCGGCAACCACGAUUUUGACUUCGGUUACCACCAUCUGCGCCUUCUCAUCGCGGAUACAAAAUUCCCGUGGUUGCUCAGCAAUAUCAUCGAUGAGAAAACCUCCAAGGUUCCGGACGUCCUACACGAAUUUAAAGUCGUGGAGAGAUCUGGAAUUCGUAUUGGCAUCAUUGGCUUGGUAGAGAAGGAAUGGAUCGGUACUGUUUCGACCUGGCCGGCAAACUUCAAGUACAAAGACAUGGCAGAGGCAGGCAGAGAUCUAUCUGCCCGUUUGCGAGACCCAUCUGGUGAACAUCGGUGCGAGGUCAUCAUCGCAUUGACCCACGCGAGGGUACCAAACGAUAUAAACCUAGCCAAGGACCUCCAUGCUUCUUCCCCAGCUACACAAGAGAGUUCUCCAAUAGCAGACACCCACGGUGUGGAUCUCAUCUUGGGAGGUCAUGAUCAUUUAUACUAUGUCUCGCGCGGUGUAAGUGCUUGGGAAGGAUAUGAUACCACUCAAGACGCUCUUGGUGCCGAAGAGGAUCACGGAGACGUGCUUGUUGUGAAGAGCGGUACUGACUUCCGCGACCUGAGCGAGAUCACGCUGGAGUUGGAGGACACACCCGAAGGAAGUGUCCGAAAGAGAGUCAUCAAAAACAUAACUGGCAAGAGGCGUAGCACUCAGCCUGGAUCUGAGGCUUCCCCUGCGAUGUCAAAGAUAGUAGAAAACAUUCUCUCGUCCGUUGGGUCGACAAUGAAAGCGCCCGUUUGCAAGACGGAAGUUGAGCUGGAUCUACGGUCUCAGCUCAUCAGAACUGCAGAGUGUGCCUCCUCUAAUUGGUUUGCAGACAUCAUUAGACACGCAUACGACGAUGCCCUCUGUCUUCAGGGAUGCGGGGGCGCCGAUGGGGUCUUCAUAUGUGCGGGCACCUUACGUGGUGAUUCGACGUACGGACCUGUAGGCAUCAUUACUUUGGGCGACAUCAUGGAGAUUCUUCCCUUCGAAGACCCUCUAGUCGUCCUUGAGCUUGACGGUCAGGCUAUCUGGGACGCCAUGGAAGCGAGUUUGUCAACAUGGCCCGCACAAGAGGGGCGGUUUCCGGUUGUCUCUGGAUUUCGAGUCUCUUGGGAUUCGCGGAAACCGCCUGGACAAAGAGUACUUGGGGUGUGGUUGGUGAACGAAGUCGACGAAAGUGACCAUGGCCACGCCUCUAAACCUGGAAGUAUCCAUGAACUCGCGGACGGCGCGCCUGUUGAACGAAAGAAAGACGGAAGGCACUACAAGGUCGUCACCAGGGAGUACAUGGCUCAAGGCCACGACGGAUUCUUACCUUUACUAGGCCACAAGUAUUUGAUCGAUGAUGAGUGCGGGCAGAUGAUGAGCACUAUAGUCAGGAGAUACCUGCUCGGCUCGCAAUUUGUUAACAAGAUGGCACAGAGUAAUGACAACUCUGUAUUCGCCCAAUUUGCGACGAGUACGAAGAGUGCCAUCGCUCACGAACAAAGUCGCCGCGAAGCUCAUUCCAUUCGGAAGCAGCGCGGUAUCGAGACGCCUGCCAUUCUUUUGAAAUGGCGAAAGGCAGCUAGUCUUGCCCUUCAUUGGGCUCGGUCGAAGAACCAUUACCGGGCGCAGAUGAACGUGGCGAUGACUGAGCAUAUGAGUGGAAUCGAUCCAUUCGACGGCGAGACGGUCAGAAAAGGCGAAUGCCUAAAGCAGGAAGCCGACGAGGGCAACAGCGCGGAGGAUAGCUUAUUGACAAUUAGACCUGAGGUGGACGGUCGGUUGAAAGACAUAAGGAGAGGUCAAUGA